AUGGACGGAGGAGCUCUUCAAGCUGCAAAAUCAAGGGAGUUACAAGAAAGGGCAUUUUGCCUCGCUUAUUCGCACAGGCAGGCUUGCAUCUUCCCUCUUUCAAUUUCUAAGUUCUUUGACGAUGGCUGCACUGGUUCAUUGAACACAACAUCCGGUGCUGGUGGUGUGGAAGAAAAUGGCAGUGGUUCCUGUGGAUUCUCAGGUAUUUCAGGCACCAGAGGCGACGGCAGAAACAAAUCAGGUGUGGGGAUUGAUUCCACCGGCGGUGAAAAUGUAAAUGGCUGCUGUGGUGGUAAUAAAGGAAAUUGUGCAGGAUCAUCAGGUGGCGGAGAAAGUACUAUAGGGUUUGAGGGUGGCAAAUCUUGUAUUGGCGGUGAAUCAAAUAUGGGAACGAGUGGCGGGGCUGGUGUAAAUUCAUCUGGUGGCAGGUUUGGUUCAGUUGUUGGCGGAGAAAACAUUGGCACCAGCGGUGGCGCAGGUAUAAAUUCAUUCGGUGGCAUGUCUGGUUCAGUUGGCGGAAAAAAUAUUGGCGCCGGUGGAAACUCGUUCGCUGGUGGAGAAAUUAUUGGCACCAGUGGUGGUGCUGGUGUUAACUCAGGUGGCAUGUCUGGUUCUGUUGGUGGAGAAAACAUUGGGACUAAUGGUGGCGCUGGUUUUAACUCUGGUGGCAUAUCUGGUUCAGUUGGUGGAGAAAAUAUUGGAACUAGUGGUGGUGGUGGUGGUGAAGGGACUAAUGGCGAUGGUGGAAUUAUUAUUGGUACAUCAGGAGAUGGAGAUGGAAGAAUUGGUGGUGGUGAUGGAACCAAUGGUGGCGGUGGAGGAGAAGGUGGUGGCGGAGAUGGUGGUGGCGGAGAAGGCGGUGGCGGAGAAGGCGGUGGCGGAGAAGGCGGUGGCGGAGAUGGCGGUGGAGAUGAUGGUGGGGGAGAUGUUUUUGGUGAGCAAGAAGGUGGUGGGGAUGUAACUAAAGGUGGAGGUGGUGACGGGACUAAGGGAGAUGGAGAUGGUUGCACAAUUGGUGGCGUUGGAGAUGGGACAACUGGAGGAGAAGGAACUAAAGGUGGAGGAGAAGGAACAAGAGGUGGAGGGGGCAAAGGUGGUGUUUUCCGGCGAGGAGAGGGUCUAGGAGAGGGGUUAAAAGGGCUAUUAGGUGAAGGGUAA